AUGAGGCGGUCCAGCAAUAUGAUAAAUGUUCUAGGCACCUCAUGGUCCAAGUACGAACUACCAGAGGAGAGUGAACUAUGCGGAGACGAAGGGGUUCGGGGCGCUUGGAGAUAUCCACCCCAGGGCUCUUUCAAUUAUGCUCCAGAAACUCCACCUGCUGCCUUCUCAAAGGAAAAACUGGAGUUGGAAUUGGAUCCUGAUUGGCGAGUGCAUGGAAUACGUCUGGGUCAGGUGGGUGGUAUCGCCGUGGCUGAAACGAAAGACGGAGACUCUCAACUGUUUGUGUUCCAUCGAGGUGAAAAUGUCUGGGACAGCAAUUCCUUUGAUGAUAAAUUUAUCUACCAGGACUAUCGCCCAAGGUUCGUCGAGUCGCCGAUCGUCCAAGUGGACCCCUACACCGGUGAAGUGGUGGAUGCCUUCGGAGACAAGCUUUUUGUUCUACCACACGGCAUUUCUGUGGCUAGGAACGCUAAGGACGGUUCUCCUGAAGCCCUCUGGGUCACCGAUGUUGCUCUGCACCAAGUGAUGAAAUUCAAUUGGGGCAAAUGGGACAAACCCAGCUUGGUUCUUGGCACCAAGGGCGAGCCGGGUCGUGGACCUGACUCGUUCUGUCAACCGACGGAUGUCGCCGUCGCCAGCACGGGUGAAGUAUUCGUUGCGGAUGGGUACUGCAACCAGAGAAUCGUUAAAUUUUCGGCCGACGGUGAGUACAUUACCUCCUGGGGAGUUGGCGGUCGGGCGGUUAAAGAUCGUGAUCGAGACCAAGGUUUCCAGAUCGUCCACAGCCUCACAAUCAUUUCGCCCGAAGAGGCCGGGCAUGGAGCCCAGAAAGGCAUUGAACAGAUCUGCGCCGCGGAUAGAGAGCGCGGUGAAAUCGACUGCUAUGACCUCGAUGGCACUCGGAUUUCAAAACUCCUUUUCGGUGUGACUGGACCUGAAAAGCUGGGAAUUAGAGAUGAACUGAGAGUUCGGAUGGGUUUGCAAUCUGAGCAGGAAGUGGAGGGUGCGGCCUUUGCUUUCCAUCCGGUACUCCUAUCAAGUGACAAAGAAAUUCCCCCAAGGGGCAUUGUGAAACACGUGGAGGCGACCGAUAACACGCUGCUGUCAGGAGUGGCCUUCCGUAGCGCGCACGACCUUGACUUGAUGGCAGAUGGAUCAGCACUCUUUGUCGCUGAGCUAACUCCACCAUUUGUCUCGAAGCUAAACAUUCGAAAUUCUGGUGCCGGAUACAGUCCUGUCGGGAGUAAUUCCAGUUUACAGUCUCGUGGGACCACCCUACAGCCCCAGCCCUCACCCUCGGGCCGCACAUUCUUACAUAAACUCCUGAUCACUGGUCUGUUAGGCCUCCUCUGCCUCACUGUUAUGAUAAUUUCUGUGCUCCUGGUACGAGCUCGACACCAAGACGUUUGGUCUAUAAGUAAACGCGCCACCUGGAUGCGACGGACACGGCAUUACGGCGGUGGCAAGCACAGCGGCAAAACUCGACGCUAUGGCCGAGACGAGUUCAGGCCACUCAACCAGGAGGAUUCGCACGGUCUCGACUCGGAUGGAGAUGAUGACGUCGACGCCGAUGAUGCCGACACC